AGCGCUCUCUGCAAUCCAACCUCUCAAUUAGUUUCAAUGGAAAGGAAAUCGCAUCCUCCCGCCCCGCUCUUCCCAUUGGUCGUCAGCUGAGACACCUCAGGUCUCCGGGAGAACAAAUGUGAUCCAUAAAGAGCCGAGCCACCUACAUCCUACCUACUAUGCCUGAAGACAAAUGCAUUUUGGAGAGAAGAGGAGAUUAGAAGAUUGACUUGACUACAACUCAGCUUGAACACUGACAUUUGUUUGACGCUCUUACAGUCUUGGACAAUGAAUUUAAAUUUUACUUCCCCUGGGCACCAGGUGUCUACCCAAAGACCCACUUCAUUUUUUAUUGAAGACAUUCUGCUCCACAAACCAAAACCUUUAAGAGAAUCUUCUACCCAUUUUAGCAGUUCUUUUACUUCUAGAGUUCCUAUUUUAGACUACGGGUACCCACUGAUGCCUACACCUACAAUUCUAGCCCCACAUCCUCAUCAUCCUCUGCACAAGCCUGAACAUCACCAUCCUUUUUUUCUUGCCACAUCAGGGUUGCCAGUACCAGCCCUGUUCCCCCAUCACACGGAGCUGCCGGGCAAACAUUGUCGCAGAAGGAAGGCGCGCACUGUGUUCUCCGAUUCGCAGCUCUCCGGCCUGGAGAAACGCUUUGAGUUGCAGCGUUAUCUUUCCACCCCAGAGAGAGUAGAGCUGGCCACUGCCCUUAGCCUCUCCGAAACUCAGGUAAAAACGUGGUUUCAGAACAGGCGGAUGAAACACAAAAAGCAGCUGAGGAAAACCCAAGACGACCCGAAAGGUGCCCUGAGCGACAGCCACUUGGAUCACAGCUCCAGUGAGACCGAGUCGGGGGAUCCAAACGGCACAGAACGGGCCAAGGGGGGCAGCCAGAAUCCUUUCAUCAGAGAUGAAGCGGAAGAUGAGGUUGAUAUUAUAGAAGAUGAUUUGUGUCCAUCGCAGCAUUUGCUAUAGUGGCUGUUGCCAAUGACUGACCACUCAACAUCUCACUGGCAGACCCAGAAGUUGCCACCGAGCAAGUACAGGCCAUAAGCAGCCUCCCUUGUACAGCUGAUCAACAGAGAUCCUGCUCUUUCCAUUGGCUGACA